AAGAGAACGUCAAAAUUUCUUCGUGAUUCGUGAAUAAAUUUUUCUGCGAAACGUGUGAAAACCUGUUAAAACGUGCUCGCUAGUAAAAUUUGUGUGUAUUUUUUAAGGGAAGAAAUUUGAAUUAAUAAUCACUUUUAUUAGUGCCAAUAGUGAGCGUCCGUUGGCUAUUAAAUUCUGUCUUCGGUUCGCCGGUUUCACAAAUUUGUCAUGUUAGAAUGUCGAUCACAACAGAAAAACGUCGUGUUUCGUCAAUAUUAAAACCGUACCCAAAUCUGGACGGAUCAAAACUGAACGCAAGCUUGUCGCAGAAUAAGGUCCGUUUCGAUGACCUGUCCAUCGAAUCGGUACUCCAAGAUGCGCUGGAAAACAAUCGUCUGCAGAGGUUUGAGCACCUUUUGGCCGCUUUGAAAGGAGAACAGUUUGACGAAGGCAAGUUCCAGCAGGUUUUCAUCGAGUCGAAGCGGUGUGUGCAUAUGCUGAAUGCCAACUUUGGGAUGCUGGUGGAAACUCUGAUGUCUGUUAAAUGGUUAGCUAGAAACCAAACUUCCCGGGAGAUUUACAUGGACUUUGUGAUUGAACUGCUGGUGGCACAUAGCAAUUAUACGGCAUUGGCUGUUGCGAAACUGGUGCAACUUUUCGUGCCAAAAGAUGAGGAGAAAAUCGGCUGGACUAAUGGAGUUCCGAAUGAAAAAAUUUUGGAGGAACUGGCCCCGAUUCAUGAUUUGAUAGUAAGACUGAAGAAUGUCAUUCCUAUGAUAUUCAAUGUUAUUUUGGUGCAGCUGAGGAAGCAAUUCCCUUACUUUAAGAAGCCAACGCAUGUGAUUUGUGGAUAUUUACAUAAUUUGUUGUGGAUAACGGAACAUACGUCUAUGUUUUCCGAAGAGCUAUUUGAGAUAAUAUUCAAUCGAUUGCUCAUUAUAGAUGUGAAUACUCCACGUAACGAAAUUGAGGAUGCAGAGUAUCCAGAGGAUGACGAGCAGAUUUUCUCAAUGGAUGAUGAUUCGCCAGUGUUCGAUGAGGAAAACAAAGAUAAUCUUAUGAAGUUGCCAAUAGCCGAAACUCUUGAUUGCUGCAUGCAGCAAAUUUUUUCGUAUAUUCACCAACGGGCAUCCUCAGAAAAUUCGAGUGACGCAGAUCGACUGUUCAAGGUUUUGCUAACUUUGUUCGACAAGCAUAUUUUGCCCACGCACAAUACGCAUCAUGUGCAAUUUCUAAUUUUUUAUGUCUGUAGUUUCAAGCAAUCUUAUGUAGAGUAUUUCAUUACCUACUUGUGGAAACAAGUGUGUAAUCCGAACGUGUCGACUCCGAUGCGUCAAGCCGCUGUAGGAUAUAUUGCGAGCAUGCUGGCCCGUGCGAAAUAUGUUACUUUAAAUCUCCUAAAAUCUACUUUAAAAGAAUUUUCUUCCUGGGUGUACAAUUACAUUCAGAGGACGGACUCAAUGCAGUAUAAUCAAUCGCUGAAAGCUCACAUGGUAUUCUAUUCGGUCUGCCAGGCUAUCUUCUAUGUUGUCGCAUUCCGCAGCAAACAACUAACAUCAAACGCAAAAAAUCUCACCUUUCUACAAACGAUGCAGCUAUCUUCAAUUGUCACUUGCCAUCUAAACCCGUUGAGGGUUUGCUUGCCGGCUGUGGCUACUGCAUUUGCGGGGGUAACGCGUGCUCACCAACUCGCCUAUUGCCACACGAUCCUAGAACGGAAUGCCCGUCGAAAGCUAGCAACAGUCUACAAAAAUGAAUCCCAAACGCCGGAAGAAUGUUUGGACACUUUCUUCCCGUUCGAUCCUUACAUGUUGAAGAAAUCGGGGAAGCACAUCGAGCCGAUAUUUCUGCAGUAUCAAGCGAGCGAAAUUGAGGAGAAUCAUGAAGUUAGUUCACCGGAGUCGCGCGGACGCAAACGUUAUGAAUCGAUUUCGGAGGAUGUGGACGAUUUCAUUCAUGAAAGCAAACGACUGAGACACGGCCAAGGCGGCCAGGAAUCAGGUGAGAUGCACUUUACCUACUCCUACGGAGUAUCACCCGGGUUUCAUAGCUAGGUGCGUUAAUUUAUUAGGUAUUUUCUGCUUUGUACAAUUUAUUCAAUACAAAUCAACAACAAGAA